GCAGAAGGAGCAUCCUAUAGGCUAAUCAGCUGGUAGUUUCAAUCCAGCCUCAGCAUCCUCCCCCUCCCAGAAGAGGAAAGCCGACAGCCGGUGUGUGCGAGGUGUUUUUGUCCGCUAUACCAUGGUGGAAAUUACGGAUAUGGUGUGCCUUCUCGUCCCGCUGGUGAUGUUCGCUGGGUCUACCAUGCAGACCGAGGUGAAGAGCGGCAAAGAGGCGGAAAAAACGGGGAAUUUCAUGGAAGACGAGCAGUGGCUGUCCACCAUUUCACAGUACAGCCGCAAGAUCAAGCACUGGAAUCGCUUCAGAGACGAGGUAGAGGAUGAUUAUGUUCGUACCUGGGAUGAGAAUCAAGCUUCUAAUGAGAAUGUAGACACCACCAAGGACCCCUGUCAGAAGGUUAAGUGCAGCCGACACAAGGUGUGUAUCGCCCAGGGCUACCAGAGAGCAGUGUGCGUCAAUCGCAAGAAACUUGAACACAGACUGAAGCAGCCCGCUCUCAGGUCUCCUGAAGGAAACUGUCUGCCCUGUCCCAUCUCCUCCUCUGGGCCUGUGUGCGGAUCAGACGGACGCAACUAUGCCUCAAAGUGCAAGCUGGAGCAGCAGGUGUGUCUUACCGGGAAGGAUCUUACUCUCAAGUGUCCUGGGCUGUGUCCUUGUCCAACUGCUGCCCCCACAUCCAUGGAGAGCAAACAUGAGAGCUGUACCGGGCAGGAUCUGGCUGAUCUCGGGGAGCGUCUGAGGGACUGGUUCCAGCUCCUGCAGUCUAAUGCCAAGCAGAACAACAGUAGCAAGACCGGAGCCAAAACAACUGCAGCCAGCACCACAUCAGUGCUGGACAGGAGCCUGGUGGCCAGCUGUAAGGACUCCAUAGGCUGGAUGUUUUCCAAGCUAGACACCAAUGGCGACCUUUACCUGGACCAGACUGAGCUGGCUGCCAUCAACCUGGACAAGUACGAGGUGUGCAUCCGGCCCUUCUUCAACUCCUGCGACUCCUACAGGGACGGCAAGGUCUCCACUGCCGAGUGGUGCCUCUGCUUCUGGAGAGAGAAGCCCUCCUGCCUGACUGAACUCGAGAGGAUCCAAGUGCUAGACGGCGGCAAAAGAAAGUUUGGUCGAUUCAUCCCAAGCUGCGACGAGGACGGCUACUACAGGAAGCAGCAGUGUGACAGGGGAGAGUGCUGGUGUGUGGACCAAAACGGAGGAGAAGUAGCCGGAUCCAGGAUGCGCGGCAAGCCAGAUUGCGAUGAUGAAAUGGCAUAUUCAGGUGAUACUGGCAGCGGGGUUGGAUGGGAAGACGAGGAAGAGAAGGGGGCUGAGGAGACUGCAGAGGAGGCUGAAGAGGAAGAGGGCGAGGUGGGGGAGGUGGAUGAUGGGGGUUAUAUCUGGUAAAUGUGCAGUCCAGCCUCUCUACAGGAGCAUCUCGAUGGUCUUGAACACACAUACACACACAGAUUUUGCAAAAAGAUGGAGGUGGUGAAAUUAUCACACUCAGAACAACACUGGCUUAUGGAAAAAGCAAAGGGCCUCUAGGGUUGGUGGAGGGGAGAUGCAUAUGUAAUGGGUGUAUUUAAUGUUACAGGAUGUACUUUAAAGGGGCAGGGGGAGGGGACAUAUCACGACUAAGAAAUGGAGUCUGGAGAAUAUUGUCCUUCAUACUUGUGAAUCUUUGUUCUCUUAUGUUGUAAGUCCUUUGAACUAUCUUUGAGCAGUUUUUAGCUGAUGCAUAAUGGAGACUUUAAGCGGCUGCAGGUGCUCGUCAUGUGCUUGUAUAACAUUUAAAAAAGGAAAUUGACUGGGUGCAUUUCAAUACUCCAAAUUGGCCGUUUUCAUCUUUUCUUCCUGCAGAUUAACAACAUUUAGAUUUCAGGGCAGGAAACGGUGAUAAAGAGAGGAAGCCACGUUGGAUUAUUGGAAAGCUACCUUGGACUUUACCGUUUUCAUGUCAUUUGCUUCAGCUCAUAUGUGACAGUAGUCAUUCAUGACUUACUAAAAUAGAAAUGUUCCUCACGCAUCACUCUUUAGCUUGUAUAUAAUGUGUGUAUCAGAAGAGUCACCUAUUAGUCCUGUUAUUAAUGCCUCGAAAAACUAGCAGAAUAUACUGCUUGGUUGACAAGUGUACAUCGUAUCAUAAUGUGGAUCAAUUACUGUGUUUAAUAAAAAAAAUCUAAAUAAAACAAACUUGCCUAUGUGGCCAAGUUGGCCACCGUA